AUGAUAAACGAGGCCCUUUUAGAUAUUUUAUUUGCCCAGUUUGAGGAUGUUAAUGAAAUGAAUUAAAGAGAUAAAAGCAGUUUAGAUUUAAACUUUGCAAUGCGACACUUCAAAGACAUUUUAGACUGCGAUGCAUUAUUUGCAGGAUUCAAACCCCAAGAUUAAAAUGAUGAUACAAGCGAUGACGAAGAGGAAGAGGAGGGAGCCAGUGACGUAGAGCAAAAGAGGAUUACUCAAAGAUAGAAUCUGAAGAUCAAUGAGCCUAAUUUGUAGAAUAUGAAAUUGGCUCCCGAUUAGGAUUAAAAUGAAUAUUUGAGAAGCAACCCCUAAUUGAGAACCUUUUUACGUCAAAUGGAAUUAAGAAGCAAUUAGUCAUCAGCAUAAACCAACAAUACUCGUUAAUCCUAAAAUGUUAAAUAUCCAGUCUAUGCAUUUUCUGAUUUUUAUUAUGCCGCCAGUGAGGAUGUUAGAAUGAUCUACGACAAAGUGAUUAACAUCAUUCUGUACAAGUAUAAGAAAACUAAGUCCUUUGAUGCUGAUUACUAUGACUCCUUGAUGCAAUUUUUCUCUGUUUUGACUGAUCAAUAAAUCAAGGAACACUUACAGUAGAAUAAGGAUUCAGAAAUCAUCUUGAAUUCCUUCAAAAAGCAGAAAUGCUUGAAGAGUCUAGACAAAAGACUGUCCCUCUAUACUAAGUUAUAAAAUGAGAGCAAGGACAACUAUACAAUCUUAUGCUAAGAGGAAGUAGUUGAAAACCCUUAUGGAAUGAUGCAAAGUUCAUAUAAUCCACUAUUAACGCCUAAAUUCUAUCAGGAAUUAAAUGAUAUGAUCAACAAAAAACAUAAAAAGAUAAAGUUGGAGGAGGGCAUAAAUUACAAGAGAGAAAUUUAGGAGAGAAUGAAGAAUGGGAAUGAGAUUAAUGUGCAGUAACCAGAAGAGAAUGAGGAGUACUAGUAAUAAAUCUAAGUGGAUUAGGAUCCAAAAAAGAAUCAAAUGGAAAUAGAAGCCUAGAUUAGAUAGAAAGACAGUGAGAAUUUGAAACGGUUUUUUGCUGAUAAAUUCAAAUUAUUUGAAUAAUAAAAGGAUGAUUUCAAAGCAGAAGUUGAAUCUCAAAAACAUGAAAGGAUUAUUAACAAAGAAUCCUUUUUGUAUCAAUGUCCAUAGUAAGAUUUUACUUCUUUAAAAUGCCAAGCAUAAACUGAUGAGGCAGGAAUGGGAUUAUUGCAGCGUAUUUAGUAACAAUUAGAAGACGAAAAGAAAUUGAAUGAGUAAUAGAAUUAAUAAAAUUAACAACCAGAUGAAAGCUAUAAAUAAGUUGAAAUCGAUAAAAAGGAAUAGGAAUUUCAGAACGCUUUGGAUAAUUAUUCAUAUUACAACAAAGAGAUUGUCGAAUUUUGUAUGGGUCACAAGGAUAACUUCUUAUCAAGAUCGUUUCAAACUUAUAAUAGAGUUGAAGUUGAUCUCUAGAAUCGACAAUUCUUUAGUGAGAAAUUGGAGGUGUUAUUGCACUAAAAGAAGUUUCCAGAGAAAGUAGGGACAUAAUAAUAAUUGGCUAAUAGAUUGGCUGCUCCAUCAAUAGUGUCAAGACAAAAGGAUAAUAGAAGUGCUGUAUCUCAUGUGAAUUUACUAAGUGUAGAGGAUUAGUAGGAGUCUUAGGAUUUGUCAUAGUUUGAAGAUGGAAUACAACAACAACAGGAUUUCAAUUAGUAAUUUGGCAAUGAGGAUGUGGGGAAUAAGGAAUUAUUGAAUUUAAUUGAAUCUAAAAUGAAGGCGUUUUAAACUACACCAUUUUAUAUACAUUCUUUGGUGGCUGAGUCAUUUCUCUUAAAUGAUUUUUCUUAGGUGUUGUCGAAACAUGCAAAAUACCAUAGGAAUAAUAUUGUAGACAAUUUAUAUGAAGAGAAAAGAGAACUUCUUGGAUUGGAAAGAGAGCAAGUCAAAUAUUUUGAUCCAUGGCCGACUGAAUUGGUUCCCUUGGUGAAUUUAAAGGAACAAAAGAAGGACAAUAGGGAAGUAUUACUUGAAGAAUCAACCGAGAAAUAGAAUAGUCAUGAGUAUUAUAAAUAGAUCGACAAUCUAUCCUUGUCGAAGGGUAACUUUAUAUUGAUGGAGUAUAUUGAAUAGAGGCCAUUAUUAUUGAACAAUACUGGAAUGUGCUCUAAAGUGACUAGGUAUGUCUAUUCUAGUAGGGCACUACAACAAUUUAAUUAGAAAAGAAUUAAGGAUGAAGGUGAUAAUUACAAUAACUUUUAAGAGAAUAGUGUCUAAGCUAAUUACAGAAGCACCUAUGGAUAAAUGGGAUAGAUUACGAAUGAGGAGAUGGCUCUUUGGGAAUUCAAAAAUAUGUUGAUUAGAUUUCUCGAUAAGAAUUAAGCAAUACCACUUUAGGGUCAACUUACAGAUGAACGAUUUAUAGGGAUAGCAGUUAUAGAGAAUGAUCUUUACAGGGCUCCAAUUUUCAAAUAGAAAUUGCCAGUCACUGAUUUUCUAUUGGUGAGAACAAGAGUUGAUAAUUGCCAUUAUAAGUAUACACUUAGGCCUAUAGAUUGUAUAUACUUAGUUGGUUAAAUUGAGCCUAAAGUAGAAAUCUUUACUCCUCAGUCUAGACCUUUGGGAACAUUCUUAAAGAAUUGUCUAAAGACCUAUAUAAAGAAAUAGUUUAAGAUGGGUUUGGAAGUCAAAUAAGACGAAUUGGAAUUAAUAUUUUAAAAAUAAAAUCAAAAACAAAGUCAGAAACAGAGUCACGCCUACAUUAGAUCAGCUCUGAAAGAAUGUAAAGGGAUACAGGAUUCUUCUAAUCAAAAAACUUGGAGAUAUCAGAAAGGAGGCAAUGAUGACAUCCAGAUUCUUAAGUAUGACAUAACUGCCAAUCAAGUGUGCUUGUAUGAGUCUAUGUUGCAUUCCUCUUAUCUAUUAUAAGAGUUUGGGUUGAGAGAACUCAAGAACAGUGAUAAGAUGAAGAAAACUCUCUAGGAAUACUUGUCAAGAAACCCUUAGGAUUUUAAUAGUUGGGUUAUUGCAAGGAGGGUUGAAGAUGAACUAAAUAUGACUGCAUGGUCCUUGUCUCAGUCCUUUUUGAAUUCAGCCAAUUAAACAGGAAGGAUGCUAUUGUAUGGAAUUGGAGAUCCCACAUCAGGACAUGGAGGUUUAAAUUACAUUAAGAAACCACUUAAGGCUAGAGGGGAGAAAGGCUAGAAUGCUAUCCAAGAGAAGAAGCCUUCGGUAAUGGGUACUGAGAACGAUUUACGUAAGUUGCAUGUAGAAGACAUUCAAAAUAUAUCUAGUAAAUUAGGAUUGACGACUGAGCCGAAUCUGAAGAGAUGGAAGAUGAUUAACAAGUUGACUGCGUUUCUAUAGUAAUCGUAGAAUCCUGAUGAUAAAGAUAGUAGGGAUGCUGUGAUGUUUAGGAAGAAUUUGGAGUUGUUGGAUGAGAAGUAGAGAAAGCAAUUGAAUGUCAUUGAGAAGUUUGCUAAGAAUUAGAGAUAGACAACUAAAAAGUAAAAAGAAUAAUAUCAGAAAGAAUUAGAUAAACAAUUAGCACAACUGAUAUAGAAUCUUACAAUCAAGGUGCAAGGAAAGUACUUUGAGAAUUUUGAAGAAGUUAAGAAGAAGAGAACUAAGAGGGAUUUGGAUAAGGAUGAUAAGAAUAAGGAUUUGGAAUAUAAUGAUGAGGAUGUUAAGCCAUAUUUAAUAGUGGAUCAGGAGAAUUAUAAGUUGAGGAUUGAGGCAUUUUAGAAGAAGGAGAAGAAGAUUUGGUUGGAGAAGAAGAAGAAGAAGGGAUUGUCUUGA